AUGGCUGUCGGCACUACUCAAGCCAAUGGCGGAACAGCAGCUGAAGUUACGCAAACCGCAACUGAGACGAGAUGGAGGCCCAGUUCGCCGUCCGCUCCACGAUAUGCGUCAGAAACCAGCGCGCAGCAACAACCACCGCCACCUUUGCGUUCAUCUCGACAGCGUUCGCUUGGAGUCCAUGACGAGCAGGGUGCAGCGGUGGCGGCUGCCGCAUCCGCCUACUGUACCAAAGAAACGGCACCAAGGAAAGUGAUAGAGCGGCCUUCCGUGGAAGAACAUCAGCCGCCAUUUGUCCUAGAGGCGGCGGAGGAAGGCCAUGUCACCGAGGUGGAUGGGGUGGGAACCACAGAGGCUGUCGACGAGGAAUAUGAUAGAACAGAGUGGAACGACUCGGAGCUUAUUGAGGAUGACGGGUUGUUGUCUGCUCUGCCAAGUAAUCCGCGGCCCCAGGUUGAAGAAAACUCAGAACAAUGGGCAGUUCCCCCUAGUAUGUCGACUCCAGCCAUUGUCACCACGGGAGAAAGCGAGCGCGCUGCCAUGGAGCACUCUGCCAUCCCGCGAGGCUCCUCGCCAUUACGCCAUGAGACAGUAAUAAUUGGAAAUGCGACGGAAAUCCCGUAUAUUCCCGAAGAAGAAAGGGUCGCUCAGCUUACCCAUGGACAGGGAAGUGCGCAUCCAGCAGAGGCCACACCAGUGUACUCUGUUGCAGUUCAGCAAGCUGAAGCCGAGCGGGCAGUACUUGAAGAGCAUAAGCGGCACCCAGAAGAAUUAGCCGAGGAAGAUUGGGAACGGCAUCGAGAGGCUGAGACUCCUAGAGUGAUCCUUGCAUGCGAAAGCGCAAUUCUGCAAGCAGAGGCUGAAUCAUGCCAGGAGCCAGGAGAGGAGCUGCGGGUAGCAGGAGGUAUAAGUAAGCCGGAGAGGACGCCCGAGUACUUUCGUGCGGAACAGCCUCUUAAGAUGGUGCCAGGGACGAGAGAGCCGCUCCAAGAAGCCGAGCAAGUCGAUCAGGGUCGGCCGUUUCGAAAAGAAGAGGGAGGCAAGGGUAUGGUGGCUGGAAUCGGACGGUUAGACGAAAGGGAAGGUGGCGCAAGAGAAACAGAGCAUUUGGUAAAGCCGCCCGAACAGCUCCAUGUCUCAGCCAUGCCUCCGGUUGUCAUGCCACCAGAGCCAACAACAUUCCAGGAGCACGAAGCACCGAUAGAUAUGCAACAGCAGUUACAUGAUGAUGCAGAAAUCAGAGCGGCCCCAGCUCCAGUGGGUACUGCGCCCAUCCUUGCGCAGGUAGAAGAGCCAACAGAAGGCACCGAAGAAUUCCAUGAAGCGGUGGAACGUCCAAUCGAAGAGCGGCCACAGGCCCCAGUUCAAGCGCCUGCACCUGCCGCUGCUGCUGUCCCCGAGCGUCCUGGCGCAGCCCCCCGCAAGCUUAGCCGCGCAGAGCGUCGAAGAGCUGAGAAGGACGCCAAAUCUCGCGAGAAGCGGCGCCAGCGGGAAGAGAAGGACCGGGUCAACGAAGAAAAGCGACGACAAAUGGACGAGGUCCAACGUCGCCUCGAAGAGCAGAAGUCUAAUAACGGAGGUACCGAGCAAGGUCCUGGAGAGAGACGGGAUUCGAAGAUGGAAUCAGGUGGCUUCUUCACUCGGCUUUUGCGGAGGGCAUCGUCGAAGCCGACAGACGCUGCCAAUGUCGCGGGACAAUCGAACGGAGGGCAGCAGGCGGGCACCACGGCAGCGCCUGCAAUGCCAGCGCCUGCAGCAAACCAGCCACCGGUAUUGGCAUCAUGA